CAUUAUACGACACAUGUUCGAAACAUCUUUGUACGAUUUAUAUGUACACAAGUGAAAAUGGCCGACGUAAAAUCACUAGAACAUCCAACUUUGAAAGUACCAUAUGAAAUUCUCAACAAAAAGUUUCGAUCAGGUCAGAAGAACAUUGACAGAGAAAUAUCUCAUGUUCAACAAGCCAGCUCUGAGGUGGAACAAUGUUUGCAAGACCAGAAAUCACCAUCGGUACAGCAGGUGUCAAUGGCUUUGGACAGUAUGGUGGAAAAGCUUUGCUUACUUAAACGAAAAGCAGAAGAAAGCAUAAAUGAAGAACUUGAUGCAGCAAAAGUGAUAAAACGUCGAGUGGAGCACUUAAAGGAGGCAGAAUGUCUACAGCCGCACACUCGGCCUCUUUGGCAAAAGAAAAGGCUAGAUAGAAUGCUGGUGGAAUACUUUCUACGUUCUGGAUACUAUAACACAGCUAUCAUGUUGGCACAGCAUUCUGACAUCCAG